AUGUCCUCGCGGGGCCGUAGGGGCCGCGGGCGACCGCCCAAGUCGGCGGUACUCUCGCAUAGGCCUAGCUUGCUCAAGAAGCCUCGCUACCUGUACGCUGGCUCCAGCGCCCAGAGCUCGCGCCUGGGACUUCACUUGCGCCAGUACGAGAACAGCACGCCGCAGCCCCAGCUCAAGCAGAGGCUCCGCGAAAAAUCGCAGAAGGUUCGUUCUUUCAUUCAGACCGUCCUCGGAGGCGGCGACGAGGAGGACAAUGACUUGGAGCCCCCUCCGUCCAGCGGCGACGAGAGCGACUACCAGCGCGCCGAGGACGAAGAAGACGACGACGACGGCUCGGUGGCCAGCUACGAGUCGGACGACGUGAGCGUGUACUCGCAGAGCAGCUACAGCACCAUCUCGAGCUCGACUCCCGCCAAGCGCAAAUGGACCUCGCGGAGGGCGCACAGCCCCGUGUUCCUGCAGGAGCGCGAGCUGCCCGCGCUGGCGCUGCCCAAGAGCUCGGAGGACCUGAUCCUGCCCACGUGCCACAUCAUGCGAGCCCUGAGCAUCUACGAGACGCUGCGCCACUUCAGGAACAUCCUGCGGCUCACGCCGUUCCGAUUCGAGGACUUCUGCGUCGCGCUCAUGUCGGACGAGCAGUCGGCGCUCCUGUCCGAGGCGCACAUCGCGCUGCUGCGCGCCAUCCUCCGCGAGGAGGAGGCGGCCGGCACCCAGUUCGGGCCGCAGGACCUCAAGGACAGCAUCAACGUGCACCUCUACAUGGUGGACGCGGUGACGUGGCCCGCGGUGCUGCGCAUGUACCUGACGAGCGACCCCGAGUACCGGCCCAUGCUCGCCGCGCUCGAGCGGUGCGAGUACCCGUUCACCGCGGUGGCGAGCAAGCUGAACGUGCUCGAGUUUCUGUGCGACCAGUUCCUGACCACGGCGCAGGCGCGCGAGGACAUCACCAGCGAAGGCGUGGCCAAACACGACGACCACUGCCGGGUUUGCCACAAGCUGGGCGACCUUCUGUGCUGCGAGACCUGCCCGGCCGUCUAUCACCUGGCCUGCCUCGACCCGCCGCUCGAGGACGUCCCCACCGAAGAUUGGAUCUGCACCGUCUGUCAGGCCAACCAGGUGUCCGGGGUCACGGACUGUAUAUCAGACAUCGAAAAAGGAGGCCUGCUCAGUCGACAAGAAUGCCUGGGUCUCGACCGACAUGGCAGAAAGUACUGGUUUCUCUGUCGAAGGAUCUUUGUGGAAGGGGAGAACAACGAGGCAUUCUACUACUCCACGCCAGCGCAGCUGGAGGAGCUCCUUGACGUACUCGACGCAGAAGACCUGGAGCUGGACUUGUGUCGAACCAUCGCCGAAUUCCGCGACGAGAUUGUCCGGCACAUGGAGCUCACCGAGAAGCUCACAAACUCGUCCAAGGGGAAUAGGAAAACCUACCUGGACUCUGAGAAUGCGGCUCUGGUCAAGGUGCAGGCAGAGCGGGCAGCACGGAGAGCCAAGGAGGAAGAGGAGAGGAAACGGCGGGAGGCCCAGGAGGCCGAGGAACGGCGGCGGUUGGAAGAAGAGAAUGCGGCACUGGCGGCAGCCAGCCUGGAGAGCGCGGCGCACCGCUUCCUCAAUUCGGUAGAAGACAGCCUCCUCAUGCCGUGCCCCAUCAAACCCGAAGACGGCCUGCCCCACUUCGCGGAGGUGCCGCAGAUGGUGGAGGAGGAAAUGAAUGUCGCUUCGCACGCCAACAUCCUCGACAUGGGCGGCGAAGAGAACCGGAUGGAUUGCGGGGAGGUGCCGGACAUGCCGCCUCCGGAGCAGAUGGAGGUGGACACGAAGCCCGAAGUCACGGAAACGGAAGAGGAGGUGACGACCACAACCAUGGUUACCACAGUGGUGACCACGACGACUAGCACCAAAACGGUCACAGUAGUGAAAGUAAAGGAAGAGGAGCCAGAUGAUAUGGCAGAAGCCGAAUCCAAAGCCACGCCUGAUACCAAAGAGAGUGAAGAGAAAGAGGCGGAAUCGGAGCAGUCUGGAGCAAAAUCCGACGAUGGAGCAGCAGCAGGCAAGAAGCCCUCGGAGGAAGACAAUGCAAAAAAGGCAGCUGGGAAAGGAACUGGCAAGGAGGAACCGGACACGGGCCCGCGCUCUUCCAUCGUGACUCGGUCCAAGACCGGUUCACUGGUGCCCCGGAGCUUCGCCUUUGACACCACGAGUCGGUCCACGGGGACCGCCAAGAAGUCCGGCGGCGGGUCGUCAGACGGCGAUGGGGACUCGGUCCUGGUGCUCACCAAGGACGGGGAGAUCUCGCGGGUGACGCGGGGCAAGGCGUCCGGCGCGGUGCCGCUCAACUCGGGGUCGCUGCUCUUCAAGCUGGGAAUGGAGGGCAGCUACCGCAGCUUCACCAACCAGUACAACAGCAACACCCUGGCCCUGAACAAACACCAACACGCCGAGGACAGGGACAAGCGGCGGCACCUGUCCCACAAGUUCUCGCUGACCGCUGCCUCCGAGUUCAAGUGGGGCGGCCCGGUGCACGGCAGCCGCGCGGCGCUGGUCGGCACCCUGCGGCAAACGCUGCUUCAGCUGGAGAGCAGUGUACCCGCCGCCCUGCUGCACCCCAACUGGGCCAUCCACCGGGGCAACUGGCUGCGCGCGGUCAACAUGUGCACGUCGCCCCGCGACUUCUCCCUCGCCCUGGCCAUCCUGGAGGCCUCGGUCAAGCCGGUCCUCUUCAAUGCCGCCUGGAGCGACUCGCUAGAUUCUAAGCAUGUCAACGCUUCUGUGGCCUCGCGAUUUGCGCUUGGUCACACCCACCUCCGGCGGACGACGGUGGCCGAGCGGGAGGAGAAGAAGAAGCUGGAGAAGCGGGAGCGGCGAGAGCUCAUGGAGGAGGAAGUGGACCGCAGCGUCUGGGUCAAGUACACGUUGGGGCUCAAGCACCAGGUGUGGAAACAAAAGGGUGAAGAGUACCGGAUCACGGGCCAGGGCGGCUGGCAGUGGCAAAGCUGCACAAGGGUGGUGCGGCACGUUCCAGCGCACACGGUGGGCCUGCGGGCGGGCCCACACAAGGUGGUCAUCGCCCUGCAGCAUGGCCAGCAGCAGCAGCGAAACGCCGCCGAGAACAAGGCCAAGGCCGCUGCCGAGGAGGCUGCUAAGGCUGUGAAGGAAGGUGGAGGGGAAGGCAGUGAGGUGAAAACGGAGGCGGGUGCAACCGGUGACAGUUCUGCACCAUCCGCGGAGCCUGGGGAGACGACGAGGGAGGUGAAAAUUACCGGUGAGACCCUGCUCAAGGCGAUGCUGGCAUCCCGAGCCAUGGUCGUGGAGCUGGUCGACGUCUCCGAGUCACUCUCCUCGCCCGUGCGGACCCUCUACCCAAAGGUGGCCAAAACAACUAAGAUUGACGGCUUUCUGGAGCGCCGGUUGAAGCUAAAGGAGCUGGAGGACAAAAUGGCCGAGUCGACAAGGAUCAAGGCUGAGCCUCACGUGGACGUCGAGACCGUCGAGUCGCCAGUGAAAGUGGCAAAGCCGCUGGUGCUCAAUGGAAUGGUGACUGCUGAGGAUUCGGGCCUGGAUCUCGCGGAGAGGGCGAGACGUUGCUAUUCGCCUCUGUGCCGGCGCGGCACGGUGGCGUCUGCUGUUGGCGGCAACUGCUAUUCAUCCACCUGCCGGGCUUCCAAGCUCUUCGUCAAGGUGGCAACCAUUCACAGCAGUGUCCGGACACCGGCAACUGCAGCGGCUACCGACCAUGCGAUCGCCAAUGGAGACACCAAGUCAGUGGUCAAGCAAGAAGUCAAGUCGCCAGUCAAGCUGCAGAGCCUCCUGAAGCCAGUUGACCCAGGUGUUCCAGCGAGCGAGGUAAAGCAGACUGUCGUGGAGAAGAUGACCACGACCACCACAACCACCGUGUCCCGGACCACUGUCACGACCACCAGCACGACCACCUCUGUGGUGAAGCACGAGCCUGAAGAUAUGGUGCCCGAUGUCCCUGAGCCAUGCAACGAUGUUGAAAUGACCACAGUCGCGGCCGAGGAGGUGGUCGAGACAGACGAGUCCGAGCUCCCUCCUGUUGAGACGGCCGCAGAGGAGACGGUACUCACUGAGCCUGCAGUUGCGGAGGAAGUCGUCUGCAGCGACCAUGCCUCUGCAUCUGUCGAGGAAGAGGUGGCCACUUGUGGCGAGGGUGACCCGCCCGUUUCCAUGGAGGAGGACGUGUCUUCUUGCGCAGAAGAGGAGGUGUCCAGUUUAGCCGAAGAAAAACCUGCUCCUGCCGAUGACGACACGUCCAUCCCUGCUGGAAGCGAGCUGCCCGUAUCUGUAAAGGAAGAGGCAGCAGCAACAGCUGCUGGUGAAGACACUGAAAUGUUGCCUGCUGUUGUGGAGAAUGAAAUUGCGCAGCCCACAAAUGUAGGGGUGAAAUCACCACAGCCGGUAAGCAACAACAUCGACAAGAAAGUUUCUGCUUCAGCAUUGCCAACCGAAGUUUCUUCAAAUCCGGUGGCAACACAGUUGACUCCCAUCAGUCAGCAAAAGCAGGUUGUCACUCUCAAAAGUGAGCCAGAAAAGUCUGGCCAGAAAACCGAGCCUUCCACGGCGACGACGACAACGACGACAACGGCAGCUGCGGCAGUUGCAAAAGCGCUGGUGUCCGCAACAAUCAUCGCGUCGUCCGCGGGCAGCACGGCCGUGACAAAAGUGGCGGGAGCGGCCGUAGCAGCCGCAGCGACGACGUCCAAGACGUUGACGACUACGGCCGUGGCCGAGGGCAAGGCAAUGAGCACCACAGUGACGACGACAAGCAACAAGGUGUACCUGGGCAAGAUCACCAAGGUGACCAAGAAGGUGAAGAAGAACAAGGGCACGCUGCCGCCGUUCUGCCGCUUCCAGACCUUUGCCAGCAAGCAACGCAGCAUCAUGGUUUUGCCACAGCACGAACUACGCAAGAUGUCCCGAAGAGGCUCUCUUCGUGAAGCCACGGGAUUCAGCUACACAGCCAAGGUGAACCCGCAAAGCUGGCCCUACGGCGUCAGCCCAAGGCCCUGCUUCAAGACUGCCUGGCGGUACCGGAAUCAAAUGCUGACCACCAUCCACCAGGUGGCGCUUCAGUUGCGCGUGCUGUGGGCCAGCCUGCGCUGGGACGACCUGCAGGCCAAGCCCCCGCCGGGCGGCACCAACACGAUGACCACCGAGAGCGACGUGCAGACCACCGAGCUGCUCAAGCGCAAGGACGUGGGCCCCUUCGGCCUGCGCUCCGAGUACCUCGUGCGGCGCAUCACGGUGCCCAUAGACCUGCCCUCCAAACCCAGAGAGAAAGUGACACCGCAGCGGACGGGACUUCGGGAGAGGAGAAGACCCGAAUCGCCCCAGCACAAGGGACCGACGGUGACCGAGGUCUGGGUACCCGAGGAAGACCUUGAACUUUGGGAGAUCCGGCAGUUCGGAGAAAAGAUCGAGAAGCAGCAGCUGGCGGUGCGCGAGAAGCUGGCCCAGGUGCACGCCCAGCAGAGUGCCGACAAGAUCCGAGCCCAGAUGGAGGCCCAGCUGAAGCAGCAGCGGCUGGCCAUGCAGCAGAAACGGCUGCAGGAGGGCACAACGGGCACCAAAACCAGCACACCCGGCACCAAAACCAUCACGGUGACGGUGUCGACGCCACAGGCCGCCAACCAGACACUCACUAAGGUCGCACUGGUGUCAUCCGGAAGCCCAAUCAAGGGCACCACACUCACGAGCCUGGUGACAACACCGGGCAAUGCUGGUGCAGGAAGGGCGGUGCGCCGAAUCUUCACGACACGACCCGUGGGCGCCACCAACAGUGCAGACGGCAUCACUAAGAUUCCCAUCAGUGCCAUCAGUACCAACGCGCCAACGCUGAUGCCCAAAACGACGGUGGGCGGCCCGCAGCAAAUCAUCGUGCGUGCCCCCGUCGGUGCGGGCCAGACACGGCCGGCGGUGAUUGCGGUGAGGGGAGUGGUGCCUGCGACUGCCGGCGGCGCCAAUGCGGUGAUCCGCCCCGCCCUGGGAAAUCCGACGGGCACGGCUGCUCCCGUGAGGGCGCAGAUUCAGAUCAUCCAGGGUCCCAACGGCCAGCUCCAAGUCCGGGGACUUAUGCCUGGUCAACAACUCAUCCGUCUGCCAGACGGCCGUCUUCAGCUGCUGACGCUGCCUGUGCAAGCUGCGCCAGCAGUCGCGACGACGACGGCCGGUGCGGCCAACACAUCCCAGCCGCAGACCAUCCAGAUCACCACACUUCGUCCGGCCAUAUCCAUCGCACCGGCCACGGGCGUGGCUACGGCGGCCCCUGCGGUGGCCACUGCCGUUGCAGCCACAGCCCCCGCCGUGGUCGCUGCACCAGCAGCGGCACCCCAAACAGCUGUUUCUGUAGCACCAGCUGGCACAGUACAAAUCGUUUCUCAGCCAACGCAGCAAAUAAAGGUGCAACCCACGGUGGUGCUCUCAGCGGCGCUGCCCGCCAGUUCGGCUGCGGCCGCCGGCGCCGUGGUCACCUCCACCCAGGCCACUCUGGCCCCGAAGCUCAUCCAGAUUCGGCCACAGUUGACCACAACUGUACCACAGCAGAUCCUGGGCACGCAAGUCAAAGUUUUGCCAGCGGUGAGGCCCCUGGUGCAAGCGGCAGCAGCUGGUGCAACACCCGCCGCCACCAGCGUACGGCUGCAGGCAGCGACAGUGAGCAUCCCGGGGUUGGCCACCGUGGUGGCUAGCCCAGCCUCAACGGUGGGUGCCGCAGCAGCGACGCCGGUGGUGGCCACAAAAGCCGUGCUGGCGCCGGCGACGACGACACCGGUUAAAGCUGUGGCCUCUACUGCUGCUACUGCUGCUGCUGCUGCCGCCGCUACUGUUGCUGCUACUGCGGCCGCGAGUAACGCGGAGACGCCUGCAACUUCCGCCACCGUGCCAACCGCCCCAGCCAAGCAGGCGGAGGCACCGGCCACUCCCGUGAAGAGCGAAGCGCCUGCAGCUUCGCCCGUGUCCUCGCCACCAAACUCGCCACAGCAGUUCGUGCUCACCCCGGCCAUAACACAGCAGAUUGUGCGGCAAGCCUUGAUGAACCCGCAGACGUCGCCCGAGAUCCAGCAGAAGCUGCUGGCCCUGCAGCGACACCACCAGCAGCUGCAGCGUACACCCGCGGCCGUCACGGUAACAGCAGGCGUGGGCCGCAGUUCUUCCUCGUCGUCUUCGUCCUCUUCCUCUUCCUCCUCCUCUUCAUCGUCCUCGUCUUCGUCGGGCGGUGGCCCCGCCUCCUCACCACCAUUGCCAAAAUCCAAGUCAACCGAACACAGGGAUGAAGGGCAGAGGGCUGCAGUGUGCCAGCAAGUGCUCAAGGGGAUUGUGGACAAGAUCGAGCGCGACGAGAAGACGACGGGCCGGCGGCAACGGGCCAAGGCAAGUGCCGAGGAGAGGAAGGCGCGGGCGUCGCAGACCAAGCUGCACGAGGUGCUCGUGCGGCAGACGGAGUUCCUGCGGCGAGAGAUCAUGCGCAAGCGGGCUCUGAUGGAGAAGGAGCUCCAGAUUCAGAUCCAGACGGAACUUCAGGCCGACCUGAAGCGACGAGCAGCAGCAGCCGCAGCGGUGUCCGCCCCGACGACGCUGGUUACGCCACGGAUACCACCUCAGGAGAAAGUUGCGCAGGUGAUGCGCACCUUGGAGAGCAGCAAGCAGCAGGCCGCAGCUGCUGCGGCGGCAGCUGCGUCACGCAAGCGGGCGCAGUCGCAGACCAGCGAAAGCGACGUCUCGCCGCCACCGGCACCAAAGCGGCCGAAAAAGCAGGCAAAGGUGCCGACCGCGCAGCGGCCGCCGCCGGCUCCAUCGCACCACCGUGGCGGCAGCGGUGGCAGCAACUCUGCGACACCUGCCAGCCACGCCAAGCAGCGUGGUGGCGCUGGCGGGGCGGCUGUGAGUCAACACAAGCUGUACUGCAUCUGCAAGAAGCCGUACGAUCCUUCCAAGUUCAUGAUUGGGUGCGACCUGUGUUCGAACUGGUUCCACGUCAAGUGCAUAGGCUUGACCGAGGUUCAAGCCAAGGCCAUGGACAAGUACGUCUGCAACGAGUGCCGGAAGGACCACAAAACUUCAACGCAGGAACUCUACUGUCUCUGCAGGCAACCCUACGACGAGUCUCAGUUCUACAUCUGCUGCGACCAGUGCCAAGACUGGUUCCACGGCCGGUGCGUGGGAGUGCUGCAGAGUGAGGCGGAUUCCAUCGAGGAGUACAUCUGCCCCACGUGUCAGCGCAACAGCAACAUAAACCAGGCCAACCUGAAGCCCUUGCAGCCGAAAGACUUCGACAACCUACGCAAGCUGCUGAAGAGCCUUCAGACGCACAAGAUGGCCUGGCCUUUCUUAGAACCUGUCGACGCAAAGGAGGCGCCCGACUACUACACAAUCAUAAAAGAACCUAUGGACUUGCAGACCAUCGAGCGGCGGUUGCAGACUCGCCACUACCAGAAGCUGAGCGAAUUCAUCGGCGACAUGACCAAGAUAUUCGACAACUGCCGCUACUACAACCCGCGCAACUCUCCCUUCUACCAGUGUGCCGAGGUGCUCGAGGCGUUUUUCGUCCACAAGAUCAAGGUGUUCCGCGAGAGCAUCUCGUGGUGACCCGAAGGCGGAGACACCAGGGAGUCGCCUCCUCCUCCUCCCGGCCACCGAAAGAAGGCGCGCGACGUGACAACGCGCGGCGGACUGCGUACUACAGUGAACACGAACGCUUAUCCAUGCACUGGCGGUGCUGACUAACGUAAUGCACUCCGCCGGACUUGUGCGUGCGCGCGACGGGCGUGUCACUCCGCGUACAGUCAAGGGCGGGCUCCGCGGAGCCGUGCGUUGAGGUUCGGACAGUGGUGUGAAGACGGCAGCCAUCGCGUCGACUGUGUCCCCGGUCUGCCCCCGACGCCACAGCAUCUAAGUGUCGCAUCAUCGCUUGACUUCCGGCGAUGGGGAGGAAAAAAAACAAAAAAAAAGAAAAAUAUUUGUACAUAGUGUAGAGGGAGAUUUCUCUUCAUUGCCAUAGCAGUCUCAUUAAUACAGUGCGCACCACCAUUCUUCUUAGUUUGUUCCUUUCGUAGCGUAUACACCUCUGCACGUUUUCGUGGAGCCACGUGAAGUGCUGUCUUUUUUUUUUUUUUCAGCUGCGUGUCUCUCAGGCUUCUCUUUCUCGUGCAUUGCAAAUGCAAAAUCGUGUCCAGUAGACUUUUUUUUUUAGAAUUGUUUGAUGCACAUUUCAUCCCCCCCAAAACUUUUGUGAAAUUUGUUUUUAAAAUGAGGAGAAGACAGCUGAUGAAAUUAUGUAUCAAUAUGUACAGGAUAAGGGGGAGGGGAGGAUGAAGUGUAUGCAAGUGUUUUUGUAAAACAAUGCCGAACAUUUUCAUGUGUCACUGCUGUCCUGGUUUAUUACCUGCUGAAACAUGACAAAGACGUAGGCCCUUUUUUUUUUUUUUUUGUCUAUGUGCAUGCGCGCGAGUGUAUUUAGUUGCAAUUUGACUAUGCAUUUUUGAGAUGAACGCCCGAAGCUUGCAUCAGAGAGACUGGAAACAUGCAUGUUACCAUGGACUCACAUUGCAGAGCUUUGUUUUUAAUUCUUUCAAGCAUUGUACAUUGUGGUCAGUAGUAAAUAUUUAUUCCGUUAACAGAACAAGUCUGGACGCAGGCAAGGUGUUGCGGCCAGUGACAAAGAGAGAAACACGUUGGAAAUGACCUUUGCCUUUAUUUCUUUAGAAAAUCAAAAGGUCGGGGCCUACAAAAUUGUUAUAAUGAUUGAUUCAUGGGUGGCACAGCAAAAUUACCUUAGUCAGUUUGGGCGACGUACCAUGAGGCGGUGUCCAGUACAAAAAUGGCGCAGUAGCUUCUGUUUGGAGCUCAUGCCUUCUUGCACUGUGCUCAUUUGCAUUUUUUGUUAACUGCUUGUGCCAUCUAGUUACAUAUGUAAAAUACGUGAAGAAAAGAAAACCUCAAAACUACGUUUUGUUCAUUGCUGUGCUUCUUCAAAAAAAAAAAAAAAAAGUUGGAGUCAAACUUCUUUAAAACCAACAUACUAUCAGCACAAAUUUAAACGCAAACAAGUCGUUAAACAACCGUUUUUUCAGGUUUGUCUGCAUUUGUGACAGUGUAAGCUUAAUGAACUGCGUAAUAACAAAGUCCUAGUUUAUGAUAUUUUAGGUACAAAGCAGCCUCUGUGCAAAGUUUUACGCUUGAAAUACAAGUAGGUGGGUCGCGAAAGGAUUGCGAAAAAUGACAUUUUCUAUGCUUAAAUACAGACAGCACCAUUGCCGCUCGGCGGAAAAUGACUGAACCCGAACGCUCGAAAACUAGUGCUUGCCUGGGGGCUCGUGCAGCGAGAUCGGCACAUAUGCAUGCAUGUGGAAUCUGCAUCACAUUUCUUAACACCAGGUGCACAUGUCAGCCGCGAAGGGUCUGUUAGAGAUUAACUUUAAAAAUAGGGCAGUUGCCAGCCCUGCCGCGUUGCCAUGAUUACUUCAAUUGGAUAUGCUACUCGCAGCCCAUUAAGCUAGAGUGAAAAGAUUUCCUUGAGCGACCUUUUAAUCUGGGCUCUAAAACAUACACAAAGCUAGGAAAGGAAAGCUACUGUCCCAAUAACCAUUGCAUGCUCAUAUAAUUACGCCAUUCUGAUAAGGUUUCGUUCCUGUUUGCAUUUCAAUUCAGGCUGAUGCCACCAACCAAAAUGCGUCUGUGCGUUCACAGCAAAGCAGACGACAACAUUUAGCUACCACUUCUGAAGAAGCAAAUGUAUUGGGCCGUGUUUGCCCGUAACGUGGCCGAAUCAAAACGCCAGUGUCCAGACCUGGAGUGGAGUUUUUCUUUUUUUGUUCUCCAACAACAUACAUUUGUGUUUUCUGGAGCACCAAAGCGCCCUGUACAUAACCAUUACCAUUGUCUCUCACCACCUGCUUGCCCUUCCGACAUUUGCAACAACGUCUGCACAGGUGCGUCGAACGAUUCGCUGCCGCCAGCUUUUGUUUAUAAUGGAGUCGUAAAAAGUGGUGACAAAACGACGCUUGCUCGUUGCUUUCUGCACACAAUGCCGACAUGGCCUUUCCUGGUCGCGUUGACAGCUUUUUUUAACCAUUUCUGCACUCGAAUGUGGGGGGAGGGGGGAACACACGAUGCGUCACACAUGGGAGUGUACGAACCUACAUGUUGCAAAAAUGGUUAAAAAAAAACGACAAAAAAGGAGACUCUGCUACUACGUUGCAAGAUGUGUAACAUUGUAAACAUGUUAUUUGUAUGAAAAAACAACAAAAAAUAAAUUAUAUCGAGCAAGAA